CUUCCCCCGGUCUUGGCGCUUCGCCGCCAUUUUGUAUAUAUACCAGUAUUUGUAGGGCAUCAAGCCCGCCCCCCUUUGCACUUCAAUCUUCUCUGCAUCCGAGGACCCAUACUUUCAAGACUCUCAAUCUUGACACUUUCUCACUAUGAGCACCACGCAAACCGCCCAAGCCCUACUCAAGGCCGCGCGCGUCGACCCGGCCAUCUUCCAGCUCCGGCCCGACUACCGCGCCCUCCUGAUGGUGGUCGAGAACAUCCCCCCGAGCCCCAGCGACCAAACCAGCGAGACCCUCCUCGAACAAGCUGAAACAAAUGUCAAGGAAGUCUUAGCCAGCAAGCCCGUCACCGAGCUUCCGCACAUUGCCGCCUGGCGCGACACCUACAAGGCCUUCGGCGCCAAACCCCAGAAGACCCGGAACAGUCUGGAAGCGCUAACGCGGCGUGUCGAGGCGGGUCUGCCCCGAGUCAACCGUCUGACGGACAUCUACAACGCCAUCUCCAUCAAGCACCAGCUACCCUUCGGAGGCGAGGAUCUCGACAGGUACGACGGGGCACCAUUCCUCAUCCGUGCGACAGGCACGGAGCCAUUCCAGACAUUUUCCGGCGGGGAGCCGCAGACGGAGCUGGCGGCGCCGGGGGAGCCGAUCUGGUGCGACAGCACGGGGAUCACCUGUCGGCGCUGGAAUUGGCGGCAGGGUCCGCGGACGGCGUUGACGGAUGAGACGACCCGGGUGUUGUUCAUUAUUGAUGCCUUGGGGGAGGUGGUCUCGGAUGAAGCAUUGGAAAGCGCAGCUGAUGAGCUGGCGGAGGUGUUGAAGGGGCUUUCGCCGGAGGUGCAGGUGGCUCGGAGGACUAUUAGUGCAUCGUCAGAUUGAGCUUGGGGUCGGUCACUUCUUCUCUGUCGAAACGAGAUUGGGAAUGAGAGAGGAAAGAGUGAUACUAUUAUCCUAGAAGGUUAGAGUGUAUAGAUUGUAUGUAUAACUUGUGAUUGCACGAACAACAUGAGACUCAGGCAGGAAUUGACGGGUCUUGUCGCUUAGAACAGUAGAGAACCUAAGCAAAAAUCGGAUUAGCUAUCCGCAACACAUCUACUAGGACAGACCUUUAUCCUGUCCCUAGAAUUGCUUUCUUGGUUCUUGGGUUGCAAAAAGAGACAAAUAACCUGAUGGUUCCUGGGCUGCAUGAAGAAGCAAAAGAUAGGAGUCGGUGACUUGCUGUAUACUAGUGCAA